CAGAAUUUUAACAUGUAACAUGCCUUUUAAAAAGAAAAACUAUCCAUCCAUCCAUCCAUUUUCUACCGCUUAUUCCCUUCGGGGUCGCGGGGGCCGCUGGAGCCUAUAUCAGCUACAAAUCGGGCGGAAGGCAGGGUACACCCUGGACAAGUCGCCACCUCAUCGCAGGGCCAAGCCAACACAGAUAGACAGACAACAUUCACACUCACAUUCCCACACUAGGGCCAAUUUAGUGUUGCCAAUCAACCUAUCCCCAGGUGCAUGUCUUUGGAGGUGGAAAACUAACUUCUAGAUAUUAAAUAUUGCAUAAAAACAGUAAAAUAUAAUGUAGUACAAUCAACUAUAGUAGUUAUAUGAAGUAAUGUAAUAAUGUACAGUAUUUACCUUGGAGAGUGGACUUCUAUACUAUCUUUUUCCAGCUGCUUCUCCGUCCAACACAAUCCGCAGCCUUUCGUGGAUAAAUGUUCGCGGUUUGGAUAUUAUUGUAACAUCCUUGGCUGGUGUUGACCCGUUCUGCUUCAGUAUGGUGCAGACUAGCAGUGAUACGCUCCAACUGCUUCCCCAAGUUAGCUAGCGAAACGCUCUGUCUUGUUUUGAAUUAUUGUUUUCUUCAACAGGUUGUUCACCUGACGUAUCGCUCGGCUCAUUAACUAUGCGAGGCUCGAAGUGGUGGACCAGCGAGUUGUUUGCUGUCAGAGCGUUCUGGGCGGCAUUUUGCCUUUCUCAAAGAAAAAUGCCCUAUGCUUGCAUUGUUUUCGGCUGUUGGAACCGUUCAAAUUGCGAAAAGGAUACAUGUUUCUCUGGAGUUCCUCGAGAAGUAAUCAAGAAGGGCAAAACGUGUCUAGAUUUAGAUAGGCGGCGUGGCGAAGUUGUUAGAGUGGCUGUGCCAGCAAUCGGAGGGUUGCUGGUUACUGGGGUUCAAUUCCCACCUUCUACCAUCCUUGUCAUGUCCGUUGUGUCCUUGGGCAAGAUACUUCACCCUUGCUCCUGAUGGCUGUUGGUUAGCGCCUUGCAUGGCAGCUCCCGCCAUCAGUGUGUGAAUGUGUGUGUGAAUGGGUGAAUGUGGAAAUACUGUCAAAACGCUUUGAGUACCUUGAAGGUAGAAAAGCGCUAUACAAGUAUAACCCAUUUAUCAUUAUUAUCAUUUAGAUUUUACAAAAUAAGACAAAGAAAGGUGGCAAGCACUCCCGUCAAUCAAUCAUCAGAAUAUUUCAAAUGUACACAUCCUACCAAUAUAUACGCUUAUUGGUGGAAAUUAUUCUGUCACUCGUUUGGUUUGUAAUUUAUUGUAAACAUUCCAUAAGGGGGUGCAAAGUUGGCAUAUUUGACAAUGAUUUCACCAUUUAGAAUUUUCCAUCAAAAAAACAAGUUUGUGGUACAAAUAAAAAACAAUGCACAUUUACUAUAAAAAGAAAAAAAAUUAUUCAAAAUAUUUUAAGUUAGAAACAAUAUACAAAAAUGAAAAUAAUAAUGUAUAUAUGUGUGUAAAAAGAAAAAAGUAUAGUAAAAAGUGGGGCGAGCCCCCCUGGGAGCCCAGGGGUUACGGUGUGACCUCGAAGAACAUGCUUUAUCAGUAUCAUGCUUCAAACCCCGCUUUGAAAAGCUGUGCACUACAACAUGUGCUCAUUGUAGCCUGUUAACUUGCUCAUUUUGAUUAAAAAAACAAAAAAAAUGCACAAAUGUUACAAAGAAAAAGCAGCUCUUACGCAUUACGUUCUAACAAUUUGUAUGUUUUAACUGUUCCUCAUGUACGGACUGAAUUUGGCAAAAGAGCUUUUGGCAUUGCUGCCCCUAUGGCAUGGAAUGAAUUGCAGACGAAACUGAAACUUACAGAACUACUUCCAUUUGGAGCCUUCCGUUCUGUCCUGAGGGACAAACAGCGAGAGACGUUUGCACAGUGCCUGUGUUUUUAAAGAUGUAAAUCUCUGUUGUUUUACACUUCUCUUAUGUAUUUUAAAAUGUAUGUCUUAAUGUAUUUAUUUUGAAACUGCUCUGUGACAUGUGCUGUUGACCUCUUGGCCAGGUCACCCUUGUGAAAGAGAUCUUGAUCUCAAUGGGUUUUCUUAUCUGGUUAAAUAAAGGUUCUAAAUUGUUUAAUUCAUUUUUGUUUGGAAGGUUAAAGUGCUUUCUUUAUGUAUUGUGCCCCGGAGUUAGUGUUGCUGAUCAAUUUGAAUUUAUCAUUUAUUUAAUUUAACUUUUUAGUAUCAAAUCGCUCAAGUCGGUCAAAAAAUGUUUAUCGUUUAAUUAUGGAUAAAAAAUGUUUUUGAAUUUCAGACAAAUUGAUGCACUUCAAAUAUUUUCUGUUACAGACUAAAAAACAAUAUUAAUAAAGAUAUUGUUUGUUGUAAGUUGAUUGAAUUAUUUAUUGUUUUCUUUAAUGUUAAGGAUACAAUGUUAUGCAGAGGUGAACUUAUAACAAUUGUAUAUACAAAUGAUACUAUUAAUAGUCGUGGCGAAAGUUUUCUUCUUUUCUAGGGGGGGGGGCGUAACAGAAAACUAAUUAGAAGCACUUGAUUAGGCUAACAGACAUUCACAGUCCUAUUUAAUGGGCUAAAAAAGGCCACACAUCAAUCAGGGUUUAAACAUCUCAAGUUUUUCAAAUAGUUAGUGUUUCUAAGAUAUUAUGUUGACUGUGUUAUAAUUUUUCUGUUGCAUACGCAUCAUGCAAUAAUAAAGGUAUCCACAUUUUUCUCAAUAUGGUGGUGUUGCCUGUUUGGCUUGUUUUCAUAGCGCUGGUUGCUUGUUUCUCUUCUGAGAUCUGGCAACACUGAUUGUAAAAAAAAAAAAAAAAAAAAAAAAUAUGACAAGUGUAACAUGCAUGAGUUUCACACCAACAGCAUACAUAGGUACAUAUGGCUGCUGGAUUCUGACCAUUUACCAUACAGUGGAACCUUGAUUUACAAACUUACUAAGUUCUUGAACAGGGUUCAUAAAUAGAAAAGUUUGUAUGUUAAAAUUUCCCCAUAACAAACAUUGUAAAUAUGAAUAAUAAAGUAAUUAUUCUAGUGAAUGUUUGUAUACUUUGAACACAAUAUAAAGUGCUAUCCAGUACUGUAUAUCAAACAAACAUAACAAGGUGGUGAUGGAUCAACUUUCUAUUUAAUAACAAAGUCAAAACAACUAGCUGAACUGUCCUCAUUUUCAGCCACCUUGCUUACACGCACACACACUGCCACUAGCACUGUGGUGCACUCAGAGUUUUAAUUCACUAAAUUCCUUAACUUUAACAGCCAGGUCGCUUCAAUGGUUAGGAAUAAAAAAAUCGAAUCUACUUUGUCGGUUAUUCUUCUUGGUGGUUAGUCGAAGAAAGUUGGAGGGGAGGAGGCAGUUUUUACAAUGCUGUGAAUACAUCCUGAAUGUUUACAAUCAAUCACACAUCACUUGUCCAUUGCUUUCUUUGGACUGAUUUUGAUCUAGCAAAACUAGAAAAAUGCUGUAAAAAGGCAAAAAAAAAAAAAAAAGCACACUAAGUAGCAAUUAGCACAGUAGCUAACGACAGAACUGCUCUGAUGGAGAUCGAUAAGCCCGCUCACAAUGGAUGUGCUGCAGGCACACAAUGGGUGGUUGAAAUGUUCCUACACGGAGACAAGGUUGAUAUAACAAAGCGCAAUUGUAGGUGGUCUACGGUUUGUAAAUUGAAACAUUCGUGUAAUUAGGGGUGCGUAAAUUGAAGUUCUACUGUACUUCAAAUGCAGCAAUCAGUAUGUGUCCAUGCACUAAAUUAGUCUGAUUUCUCAAAUAUUGUUGCUUUAAAUAAGCAUUGUAUAACCCAUAAUAUACCCAUCCUAAAUCUGAUUGUGUUCGGCUUUAGAAAAGUCAGACUAAUGCCUGGAUUAUGCACCCAGAUCUCUCAAGUCUGUCAAAGCGUGGAUUUUGGGUUGUUUUGUUUUCCCAGAAUGCAAAGGGAAGUUGGAGCGGGCAAGGCGUGAAGGUAGAGCAAUCAGUAACUCUGCAGGCCAGACUUAGGGGGUCUCCUUUGGGACUCUAACACGCAUGUCAGCUCCUCGUGGCCGAUCCCUAUGAACACAUGACAGGGAAGGAACACAGACAAACCAUGAAAAAGAUAUACAUUGGCAAAACAGCCUUAAAAGCCCCGCGCAAUGGCGGCAAACAUCUGAAAAAGAGCUCGUUGCUGGAGCAGAAAGAAGACUUGAGGAAGCGGCUUUCCUACACCACACACAAGCUGGAGUUGCUGCAGAGCGAGUUUGACUCCACGCGUCAGUACCUAGAGACGGAGCUGCGGCGCGCGCAGGAAGAACUGGACAAGUUUACUGAUAAACUGCGCAGGAUCCAAAGCAGCUAUUCAGCACUGCAGAGGAUCAACCAGGACCUGGAGGAGAAGAUUCACAGAGAUUCGCUGCACCAUGACGACGAGAAGCGAGCUCUGAGCCGAGAGAUCAUUGUUCUGAACAACCACCUGAUGGAGGCCAAGCUCACCAUUGAGAAGCUUCAAGAGGACAAUGAUAUCUACAGGAAGGAUUGUAACCUGGCCGCUCAGCUUCUGCAGUGCAACAAGUCUCUUUAUGGAGCCCAGCUCUCUGAGCUGCCUGCCGACUUCCAGGAGCGACUGACCCUGCACAUGGAAGAGUCCCCUCUCUGCCGCACCUAUUCGGACUCUGUCCCCGCCUCCCUCUUGGGGAAGGCAAUGCACGACAAGCCCGACGAGGCGUGCAGCAGCAGCCAGGCCUCGCGCUCCCCCAGCCCUCAAACCCUGGACCACGCUUUUAUUUUGGAGAGCCUGGGCCAAGGGGCGCGCCUCGGCCUCAGAGUCUCCGACCUUUACAGUAGCGACACCGCCCUCUACUGCCCCGACGAGCGGAACCGGGAGCGCAGGCCCAGCGUGGACCUCCACGGUCAGAGGAAGCUGCUCUACGGACCGCAGAAUUCCACCGACAGCAACCCGGAGGAGGGGAUGACCCGGGAGCUCUUUGCCAAGUUCUCCGCCGUGGCGGCGGGAUCCAGCUCCUACUCCAGCUUCAGCGGCGGAGGCUCGGAAGACAAAGCUAACGGCCCACCGAGCAGCGCCGCGUCCUCCCCGCGCCAUCACACCCUCUACAUGGACUGGAGGGACGCGGGGGACUUUGAGAGGAAGAGCGACUCGUCCUGGGAGAGUCCCAGGGGGUUCGCCAACAGUCAUCCCUUCCAGCAGGGGGAGUUGAGCCACCAGCAGAGCAGCAGCUCGCCCGUGUACAGCCGCACCAUGUCGUCGUGUUUCAGCGAGCCCUACGAGCCUCUGCCGCCGUCCUCCUCCCCGAGCGUGGCCUACGGAGACAGCCGUCGAGGCAGCACCCUGGCCCCCGAGGAGGAGGAGCUCAUCGGCCGGUGGCGGCAGCUCAGCGCCGAGGACCUGAGUUCUCACUCCUACCGCAGUCCGGGGCGAGCGUCGCCGUACAGCUUCUCCGAACAGCACUUCUCUGUGAGGCCGGCCAAGAUCCGCCUGGGGCCGCUCUACAGCAGCUUCCAGGAAGGGGCCGACCACUACCACCAGCCCCACCAGCACCGCCACCACGGGGAGGGCACCACCGCGCAGGAGCAAGUGUGGGCGGCCGGGCCGGGGCUCCGCCAGGCUCACAGCCAAGCCCACUUGUACGGGGCAGAGGACAGCCAAGGCUCGGAGCACAGCCUCUACCAGUCGGGGAGCUCCAAAGACAGAGAGGGCAACGUCGCCUCCGGUGGCCAAAGCGUGGACUACGGCGACCCCAGCCCCAACAGCUCCACCGAGUCCCUGGACCGCAGGUCCCUGGACAUGGCCGCCGAUCUCCAGCACUACCAGGAGGCGAGCCCGUCGUCGUCGCCGCCGGCUGCCCCGCCGCCUCUGCCGCCUUACCACCAAAAAUUUGGCACCCUGGGACUGUCUCGGAAAGACAGCCUGACCAAGGCCCAACUUUACGGAACACUCCUCAACUGACAGAGCGCGCCUACACGGGGAAUAGAAGCCAAGUGGAGUUCUACAUUUGUAAGAAUGUGUGUGUAUUUCCUAGUCAUACUUUUGGUACGGUCGCCAUUGGAAGGAGACGUCUUAGUGAACCUAACUAGCGCUACAAAGUCAACAACUUGACGCCUGGACAAACUUCUUCAUGCAGUUUGAUGUUUUAUAUCGUUAUUAAUGGAAUGUUUUGACACGUGAUCAUCACUUUAUAGAAAAUGGACACUUUUUCCUGCACCUUUCCCGUCCCCUUUCUACCUCACAAUUGUUUCUUUACCAACGAUGCAUGUGGAUAUUAUAUUUUAUGUUGUUUUACUCGCUCAAUAAAGCACAAACUAUACUAACUCUUUUUUUC